AAAAACUUCGCGCGAAAUCCCUGGCGCGUCUUUUCGAAUUUGUGCGGUUUGUCGCAUUUCUUCGUCCCAGACACACAACGUACUUUUGACCUAGCCACUGAGACUACUUAUUUGUAUCUUCUCUGGUGAUUUGUUCCUGAUCGAGUUGCACAUCACACUGUAGACGUGUAGCUCAAUACAUUAAUUCUUAACGGAGCAUCAACUCUAACCUCAUUGCAUCAUUACUCCUGUAUCCCGUUCCACUUUUCACCAUCCGACGGACUCUGUGUGCACGAUUAUUAAACCGGGCCUAUAGAUCAUCUGCCAUAAACAUGGGAGUUCAUCAGUUGAGCAAGGUAAUUGGUGAUAAUGCACAGAAAGCAGUCAAAAGCUGUGAAAUCAAAUCAUAUUUCGGAAGAAAAGUAGCAAUUGACGCUUCUAUGUCAAUUUACCAGUUUCUUAUUGCUGUUAGACAAGAAGGGAAUACUCUAAUGAAUGCAGAAGGAGAGUCGACUAGCCAUUUGAUGGGCAUGUUUUAUAGAACAAUAAGAAUGAUAGAAAAUGGAAUCAAACCUGUAUAUGUUUUUGAAGGAAAACCACCCUCUAUGAAAGCUGGAGAGUUAGCCAAACGCUCUGACAGACGUAUUGAAUCAACUAAAGAAUUAGCCAAAGCAGAAGCUGAAGAAGAUUUAGAAGCUAUUGAGAAAUUCUCCAAACGUUUAGUUAAGGUUACUCCAGCUCAUAACGAAGAUUGCAGACAGCUUCUUAAUUUAAUGGGUGUUCCAUUUGUUAAUGCACCUGGAGAAGCAGAAGCGCAAUGUGCAGUAUUGGCGAAGUCAGGAAAAGUUUAUGCUGUAGGGACUGAAGAUAUGGAUGCAUUGGCAUUUGGUACUCCAGUUCUGCUACGACAUUUGACAUUCAGUGAAGCCAGAAAAAUGGCCAUUCAAGAGUUCAACCUGACGUCAGUUCUUGAAGGUCUUGGUUUAACUAUGGAUCAAUUUAUAGAUUUGUGCAUAUUACUUGGUUGUGACUACGUUGAUACAAUACGAGGAAUCGGUCCUAAGAAAGCGUUAGAUUUGUUGCAUAAGUAUCAGUCGAUUGAUUGUGUUUUGAAGAAUAUCGAUAAAUCUAAAUAUCCUGUCCCAGACGAUUGGCCUUACGAAGAUGCGAAAAAGCUUUUCUUGAAUCCCGAGGUGACAGACCCUUCAUCAAUUGAACUUAAAUGGAAUGAACCAGAUGAAGAAGGUUUGGUAGAGUUUCUAUGCCACAAACAUGGGUUCAAUGAAGAACGUAUAAGAAAUGGAGCGAAAAAGUUAUUAAAAGCCAGAAAUACAACUACUCAAGGUCGAAUAGACAACUUUUUCAGCUGUGUUCCAUCAAAAAGUAAUUCAUCCACGUCGACUCCCAACAGCAAUCACAAAAAGGUAUCAAACAGUGCAUCUGAUCGUAAACGUAAAAGUAACGCUGGUACGACGAACGGAUACAAAAAGCCAAAAUAAACCAAACAUCCUCAAAAUUUCUCCAAAACUGUUUCCGGUGAAUUGUUACCACUUUCGUCAGUUUCAUGUGUCCUUCACUUGUGUAUGUACUUGUUCAUUAUAGCUCAUCAGAUCUUUAGAAUAAAUUAUUUAUUGGUGUAUGAAAUAAGGCUCGGUUUCCUCCUUUAUACCAAUAGAACACUAAUUUGUCUUAGAUGAAUAUCUACACUAGAUACCUUGCCAGUCUAUUCUACAGGAUUUCAACACAACUUGGAUCAAGAAGACAUGGCCAACCUAACAAGAACAUGAGUAUAUUUCCACGCCAACAAUAGUACCAAAGGGUAGGAAAAUACAUAGCGCACCUAAUAUGUCAGACUACUUACUAGUUCGACAAGGUAAAAGACCGAUCACUAGCUUCCUAGCCCACACAUCAGUGUAUGACACCUGAAAAUCGUUUGCUGGGGCCAUAACUCAUUUCUUCAAUAGUCCUAUUCAGGACUACGUGCUCAGUCAAAUCUCAUUCCCGGUCUUGCUACUAUUUCACUGUUGAUAGAUACAAUAGACGUUGGAAUAUUUCUUCACCAUUGUUAUAGUAUUUUUAUGUGGCUUUUGGUACCCGUGUAGUAAGGACAUACGACACAAGGUAUGACUAAUUUAGAGUACGAAAUUACUUAAUUGACAAGCGUAUCUAGUCUCAAGUGUCUUCAUCCCCAUGUUUCUAGAAUGAGACGUGCGUUUUAAUAUCUUUCUCUUCGGAGCUAAAGUUUUGUAGCAGGUUUUCAUUCCUUAUGCCGUAACGUUAGUUAUAUCAUAAAGGGGCUGACCUAGUUUUUUAUCGCAGCAUUAGUUCUCGCCUUCCAAAAUCGUUCUCCUGUACUGGAGUUAGGAAUUGCGAAAAAUCCUGAUAAUAUGUGUGCCCGGAAAUAUCACCAACCCAUCAUUUCUAUGGAGUACAAGAUCAACGACAGUCAAGGCAAAUGCUGGAGACACAGAAGCAAACGAGCAAGUGAAGAAGAGUAUCAAAGCCGACAAGCAGAAAUACGUUGAAGACCUAGCAACGAUAGCAGUAAAAGCUGCAAGAGAAGGAAAUAUGACACAACGAAUAAACUAGCGGAAAAUUAUAGUAAACCAGAGAGACCAAUUAAAGACGAACAAGGCAGGAAAUCACAGAUUCAAGAACAGAGGAACAGGUGGGUUGAACACUCCGAAGAACUCUUGAGUAGACCAGCCCCACUGAAUUCUCCGGACAUUAAAGCGGUAUACAUAGAUAUUCCUAUAGCUGUCACUCCACCAAUUAUCGAAGAAAUCAGCAUGGCCAUAAGACAAAUCAAAAGUGGGAAAGCAGCAAGACCUGAAAACAUAUCAGCUGAAGUACUGAAUUCAGACAUAAAAGCAACUGUAAAGAUGCUCCACGUUCUAUUCAGAGAUUUGGGAGUAAGAACAAUUGCUGGCAGACCGGAAAGAAUACCGCAUCAAGAUACCAAAGAAAGAUCUGAACAAAUGUGAGAACUACAGAGGUAUCACACUACUACCAGUACCAGGAAAAGUUUUCAACAGAGUAUCGCUAAACCAGAUGAAAGAUUCAGCUUCAAGAUCAACAGGCUCCAUUCCGUAAUUGUCGGCUGUACACAGGCCAAAUCGCGACACUACGAAUCAUCACAAUUGAUUGAUCACUGGGUGGUGAUCAAUGGCAUGCUUGUCUAGUCCUUAUUAGUGCAGAUCAAAUGCUAUCGAUCAUGUUGCAAUGUGGCCACCAGUCUAGGUGACUCGACACUGCAGGCACUAUAUAUUGAGAUUUAGAUUGUGGUUGGAGGUAGUCAACAGGCAACCCUGGACCCGGGUUUCGUGCCACUUGGCACUCGUCAGCAAGGUGUACCUGUAAUCUUGAGGGAACUGGUGCU